GGUUUUGCUUCUGCCACUCAGCUCCAACAAAACUCCUGACAAAGUCAGCAGCAGUCCCAGUGCAUGCUUUGCAUUAAACCAGGCUUUGCUGUUCCGCCGAUUUUGAACAUAAGGUGGUCUCAGCUGCAAGCAGCACACAUCAUCUUCCUGUGCUUGCUGCUUACAGCUGGAAGCUGAUGUAACAAGUGUUUCUUACAAAAUUGUUGUUACCACAGAAACUUGUUCAGCCUUCGUGCAAUGAAGCAACACGAAGCAGUAGGAAAUGAUCAUUAAAUAACAUGGAAGCAAAACAGCGCUGAGCACUGCCUGUCAGUGUGUGCUGGUGUGCACACUCAUUUUCUUAAAGCAGUCCAAAUCUGCAGCUGAAAGAAAUGUUGGGAGAGGAGGAGCUCUGAAAGCAGAAACAAUAGCAGGUUUAACCUUCCUAAAGUUUCAGUAGAUCUGUUAUGAGUGUCAAAAUGGACAUGCUGGAAAAAGGUACUGGAUUCGGCAGGAACACCUUGACUGGUUCUUGGCAUCCAGCAAACACAGCUCUGGGGCAAUCAGCCUCAGCUCCACCUCUGUCUCGUGGCAGCAUCUGGCUUGGAAGAGCACAUCUGGCUGCUAGGUCCAGAACAGAGGAGCAGGCAGCUCUGCAGCAGGACCAAGUACAGCAGGAUAAGGUCUGGAGGGAGUCUGUGGAGGCUGAACGAAGAGGAAGAAAAAUCUGGUACCAGAACUGGAGUUUCCUAAAGGACUAUGACCAAAUGGGUAACAAAAAGGAACAGAAGCCUCUACCAGACUAUAUCUCUGUGUUUUCAAACACAGUUCCCAAUUCCACCAACCAGAACAUUGGCAGCAGGAUGAAUACUGAACUUGGCAAGAUGCUGAUAAACAUGGAUUACCUCUUCAGCAGGGGAGCACAAAAGAGGAAACUUGAAGAUGACCUCCAGCUUUCCUAAUGCUUCAAGUAAAAAUACCAGUAACAAAGCAAGUGAAAGAGAUCUAGCUAACAGACUUCUUUCAGAUUGAAAAUAGCAGGUAACAAAUUCCUCAUCUUCCAUCAGAGAUCAAUAAUGCUGUCCAGCAUGGAACUUUUUCAAGAGCAAAGACGUAUGCCACCAAGCAAUGCCUAAGGAGACAAUCCUCUUCAGAUUUGUGGUAACUGGGUCAUAUACAGUGAGUCAAGACCAUGGAUCCCAUCCAUUUUCCUAUGCAAGGCCACUGUAACAUUGCUACUAACAUCAGAAAGAGUAAGUUUAGAGCCAAAGGGCAAUUUCUUCCUGAAUUUUUACCUCCUGAAAAGAAACAAUUACUGGAGAUCAGCUCAGAUGAGCUGCACCACAAAUUACACUGACUGAAAGUCAGUGCAAUACAAUGCAGUAGGUUGUUGCAUUUCAUCUAUUUAGCCAAGGAUUCACCAGCUUGUCACUUGCAUGUUUAAGCUUGUUCCAAGAGUGAAAUUGAAGGCAAGCAAGAUGUGUUAUGCACAUUUUCAAGCCUCCCUGCUGAGGGAAAGAAGCCAAUUUUUUUUUCAGACUGGCUUUCAUUUUUAUUUCUUUGGACUUGCUGUUUCUCCCCUUUGCUUUCAAAUUCCUUUUUUUUUUUUUUUUUUUUUUUUUUUAGCUGAUGGAAAACCAUGAUCAGAAAGCAGGCUUUUUACAUUUUGCUCUGAACGCAUGCCAGCUCAGAAACCUGAGCCACGCUCAGCCAGGUUACCAGGUUAUAUUCUAAUUAUCACCAUUCUUGAUUUUAACAGGCCUGUAGCUCCUAGAAUCUGUGGUUGCCCAGGGAAACCAUCAUAAGGCUAAAUGGACACAGUACUUACAGCCUGUUACUAAUGCAUCUCAAUGCAAAGCUUGUUUGUGAUCUGUUGUUUUGUAGGAAAACAACAUUAAUCAGCAGAGCAUGGGGAAUGUACACACAAUACCUGCCUCCAUAGGCUGUAGGUAGUGUCUGUAGAAUCAUGUUCAGCCCUUGCUGAAAACCAGCACAGAAGCCAUUAACCUUGGUACAACAGGAACUCAGUGGACUGAGGAGAAAUCAUAGAUUCAUGGCAUCAUUAAGGCUGGAAAAGACCACUAAGAUCAUCUCAUGCAGCCACCAACCCAUCCCCACUGUGCCCACUGACCGCGUCCCUCAGUGCCACAUCUCCACAUUCCUUGGACACUUCAGGGUUGGUGAUUCCACCACCUCCCUGGGCAGCCUCACACUCUUUCUGAGAAUAAAUUUUUCCUGAUAUCCAACCUGAACUUCUCCUGGUGGAACUUAAAGCCAUUACCUCUUGUCCUAACAAUGGUUACCUGGGAGAAGAGGCCAAUGACCCACACCUCACUACUCAAAGUAUGGCCUCACCAGUGCUGAGUAACGUGGAGUGCUGUUUCCUCAUGCUUCACAACUGAGUCUGUUUUUGAGGUUUAACCAGCAGCUGAAGGCAGUUCAAAAGCAGAAGAGGUGGACUGGAACAGUGUGAUCACUGUCAACAUCCAAGUGAUCUCUAGAAAAAAAAAACAACAACAAAAAAAAGCCCAAACAAACAGUUAAAGAAUAUCCCGCUCACUGAAGCCAUAGCAGUGAGAAGUUCACCUCAUGGCUUCCUGAGUAGCUGAGAACCAGAGGAUUACGGCUUUCAGGAUAACAACUGAGGUAUCUAGAGAAGAAAUAAAAUGGCAUCACAAAAGCAAUCCAUGCAAGGACUGAUGCCAUUUUAUGUGCAGACACAGAAAAAGGAAACCUACACUUUCCAAAAAAAAAAAAAAAAUCUUGCUGAGCUAAAAUGCCUUCUGAUUUCUUCUAAGAGAAGAAAGCUGCAGCAGGAACUGUUUUUAUUUCAAAUACAUCUAGUGGGAACAUAGUAAGCUCCAUGUUUUCUAACCUGCAGAUGGCACUCACUUCCCACCAAGUAAUCCACUGCAAAGGACACCGUUGCAGCAACAGUAAUGCACAAUUCAUUUCUAAUUUCAAAGGGCAUUAAAUAGUUCCAGGUUCUCAACUCUGUUUGCUCUGUAUGAAUCCGGAGAAUCCUUCUCCCAGAGAGGCCCUGCACAAUGGAUUGCACAGGACGGAGGAUGGUCACAGCACUGCACAACUUCACCCUUCCUCUCAGCACUGGCACUGCUUCAGCUGAAGUGUUUCUUCCAGUUUUGGGCAAAACAUGGAAGGCCCUGCUCAGAAGACGUGGGCCACUAAGGAGCCUUGAGAAGCAAAGACUGUAAAUGGAGUACUGGGAAGUUCGGCCAUGAGGAAACAUUAAACAGCUUAACCUGAAAAAAUAAAAAGAGAACAGGAACAGGAUAGCAGUCUUCAGAUACACACAUAACUCAGGGAGUGAGAAAUGCAGCUGUUUGUAUUUCAUGUGCAUGGCAGACAAUAUUCAAAAUAACAGUCUAAACUUGCAGAAGGAAGAAUCGUGUUUGCUAUAACAGAAGGUAGUGGUAAGGCUAAUGCUGCACUGAGAGAGGCUGGGCAAUCCUUAAAAGAGAAAGCCAUCUAUCUAACUACAGAAUUAAUGCUGUACCUUUGAACGUUAAACACAAACAGCCAACAGGAAUGACAUAUUUAACAUGGCUUGCCUGUUAAUGUAUAAACUGUGUAACUGAAGCAUUUUUCAUCUGUUAUCUGAUCGACACUGGAGUUGCUGGAAUCACAAAAAACAUCUUUUUAAAACAUAUUCAAAAAGAAUUAAAAUUCACAUCAGUUGGGUCAGAUUGGAAUGGACCACAUCUCAAAAAUCC